UUGGAAUUGCACCACAACAAUCCACAAUCUGUCAAAAUCCAAAUAAGAAUACCAGUAAAAGAACAUCCAAAGUUCAACUUUGUUGGCAAGUUGUUGGGCCCAAAAGGUGUUACAUUAAGAAGACUGCAAGAAGAAACUGGUACAAAAAUGUCAAUUUUAGGUCGUGGUUCAAUGAGAGACAAGGCAAAGGAAGAAGAAUGUAGGAAAGAGGGAGGUAAAUUUGCUCAUUUAAACUUAGAUUUACAUCUUAUGGUGGAGUGUUUUGCUGAAGCAACAGAAGCUUAUGGUAGAAUAAGUCAUGCUAUUACAGAGCUAAAGAAGUAUUUAGUACCUGUAAGUAAC